AUGGAUUUUAAUGAUUACAUUCCAGCCUUCCUAUCAGGCAACCAGUAUUUUUCCGCAGGCUUUGGACUAGUGGGCGUUGGUACAGCGUUAACGUUGUUGCAACGAACAAGCAGAGCUGGAAUAUUGGCUGUGAAGAACAAAUUAUCAGCUACUUUAGAAAUUACUAGCACUGAUCCUGCAUAUCCAUGGGUCCUAUCAUGGCUUACCAGAAAAGGAAUUAAAACCAGGCAACUUAGCGUUCAAACACUUCAAAGGGUGGGUCAUGACGGGAUAUGUGCCAGCCAAUUUGUACUUGUUCCAAGUACAGGGAGGCAUUGGUUUUUUUACGAUGGAUUUCCUAUUUUAAUAAAACGCAACAGGGAUAAGAUGAUUGAUGCAAAUCGCAGUACCCCUUUUGAAUCGAUAAGUUUCACAACCUUUUCACGCUCAGUAUUUGAUAAGAUUUUAGAGGAGGCAUACCAGUUUUCAGUUACACAAUCUAGUGGUUAUACCAUAAUAUAUAAGGCUUAUAAUUACGAGUGGAGGCCCAUAGGGCAUCCUAAAAAAAUCAGACCACUUGACUCUGUUAUUUUAGCGCCUGGUCUAAGCAAUCACUUGGUAAACGACUUCAAACGCUUUAUCAACUCCCAAAACUGGUAUCACUCCGUUGGAAUACCCCAUCGCAGGUGCUACCUACUGUACGGCCCGCCAGGCUGUGGCAAGACAAGCUUUGUCGCAGCAAUAGCCGGUCACUUCAAUUACAACAUAUGCACUCUCAAUAUAAGCGACGGUCUACUUUGUGAUGACCGGCUAUUCCAUCUGCUAUCUGUGAUGCCUAUUAAGACGAUAUUACUUUUGGAGGAUAUUGACGGUGGUAUAGUGGCGGAGGGUAAAACGGGCGUUACCUACGCCGGGCUGUUAAACGCUUUGGAUGGCGUAGUUAGUACGGAAGAGAGACUGAUCUUUAUGACUACAAAUCACCUAGAAAAACUGCCAAAAGCAUUAAUUCGGCCUGGGAGAGUUGAUGUUAUGGUGUCCAUUUCAUACCCAAACGACCAACAAGUGAAGGAUCUGUUCAUAAAAUUCUACCCCAAUUGCCAUGAGUUGGGGGAUAAGAUUGCAGAGAUUUUAUCGCCGAUAGAAUUUAGUAUGGCUGAGCUACAGAGUUUGUUGAUGUUCCACAGGGAUAAUCCACAAAAGGCAGUUGAAUCUGCGACAAAAUGGGCAAAUGCAGCAUAG